CUAUCACUGACUUGACACCGAGAUUCGUAUUGACGUAUUAUGGGGUGGAGCACGUAGCGAGCUAGAGCGAUACUCCCACUGACACUGUCCCAGUACUGAGUAUUUCAGGUGUUCCCUCACAUUCAUUUCUGCCAGCUGAUAGUAGUAAUGGCCAACGAAGACCAGGCUCGACAGUUUCAUGAAGAUGGUUUCUUGGCAAUUGAGAACUUCUUAUCGGAUGACGAGAUUAACUCAAUGAAGACAGCAUCAAAGAUGUUGGUGGACGAUAUGGUUCCGGACGAACAUAAGACCAUCUUUAAGGCUGGAGAUAAGCAAAAAUCCAAUGACUAUUUCAUGAAUAGCACAGACAAGAUAAGGUUCUUCUUCGAAGAUGAAGCAAUUGGACCCAAUGGAGAACUGCUAGUAGAGAAACAUAAUGGUUUGAACAAGAUUGGGCAUGCUCUACACUGGCUGAAUCCAGCUUUCAAGAACGUCACGUUCAGUAAGAAGAUUCAGGAAGUAGCAAAAAACAUUGGUUUUCAGAGGCCUGUUGUUGUACAAAGUAUGGUUAUUCUAAAACCACCGAGAAUCGGAGCAGCAGUUGGGCCACAUCAAGACUUGUCGUUUCUGUAUACGGACCCACCGAAAGUUGUCGGGUUUUGGUUAGCACUCGACGAUGCUACCUUAGAGAACAGCUGCAUGUGGUUUUCUCCAAAAUCACACAAUGGGGGAAUAAAACUACGGUAUCGGCGAACUCCGGAUGAGAACAGCACAACUAUGGAGUUCGACAACCCUACUCUAAGGGACGAAGACUAUGAAUGGGUGCCCGUUCCAGUAAAGAAAGGUACUCUAGUACUUAUUCAUGGAGCGGUGGCCCAUAAAAGUGAGAAGAACCUUUCUAAUAAGCCGCGUCAGAUCUAUACAUUCCAUGUAGCAGAAAGUGAGAACACAACUUGGAGCAAACUCAACUGGUUGCAGCCAACUAAAGAGCUGCAAUUCCCUCAGCUCUUUGGAUAAGUUAUCUGUUUUAAUUACUACUUCUGGACUGAACUACUACAACUGAAAAUCUAAUGGACAGCUGGACAAACAACUUAAUUUAUGAGAAGUCCUAGCUACUGAAAAAUGGGUGCUCUGCAUAUUUUCUGGAAACUGAAUUAAAGAUAAUAUAUAAAGGCGAGGCGUGCUAAAAAAUUACUCCGGAUAAAGCACAAUGUAAAAACUUGUGCUAGUGAUUGCUGGCAGUUUAGUUUCUGUGAUAUUCUGUCACAUAUUAGUUUUAGGUUUCUGGAUACCAGACGCCUGCUUGAACAUACACCGACGCACAGUAACGUCAACAAUCUGAUUAUAGUCUUGAUCUUGCCGAAGGGCAAAUUCACAACUGUAGUGGUUGUCAUUUUCUUUUUAAUAGUAAAUUUCGCCGAGAUUUUCAUAUGUGCAACUGACGAUAUGAAAGGUGCUAUCAUAGAUGUAUAAAAACACAUUAUGUGUUUUGUAUGUAUUUGUUUAUGUAUACGUAAUGUCUGUAUCGGCGUAUGUGUUUUUAUAUAUCUAAUUAUCUAUGGUUCUAUAUAAAAAGGAAGUCGAUAUAAAUGGUGCUAUAUAAAAAGGAAGUCGGUAGCGGCUCGAGUCUAUUGACGCUAUCUGAGAUGGUCCAUCUGGUUUUGGGUGUGCUGUCAGAUCAGUUUGAUUUGGAAGACAUUUGUGCCUUCAGAAGGUGAGUUCUGGUUUACAACUCUCUAAAUGGCAGUUUUGAUAUCCGUGGUAUUAGGGACGAAGUGUAUUGAUGAAUCUUGGUAUCCAAGUUGGCAGUUAGGUUUAAAUGUCGGUUACCACACAGUCAGCUGCCAAAAUUUAAAAUCGGGAUGUUUGUUGUUAUUCACCAUAUAAGAAAAAAAUAUAAUGAUUGUUGUUUUAUGAAAUAAAUUUAUAUUUGAUUUUACAAA